AUGUAUCGCACUAUUUUUGUAGAGGAAUUCAAUAUAUCCUUUUUUAAGCCUGAAAAAGAUCUUUGCGACAUUUGCCAUGCAUAUGAGAACUCAUCGGAAGAAGAAAAACUGAAAAUUGAAGAAGAAUACCGGUUACAUAAAGAAAAUAGGUUAAAAGCAAGAGAAUCUAAAGAUAGGGAUAAGAAAAAAGCUACUGAAAGUUCGAGUUUCGUAGCAGCAGCAUUUGACCUCCAGAAAGCUCUUCCUGUACCUAAAUCUGAGGUUGGAUUGGCAUAUUACAAGUUGAAACUUCAAACCUAUAACUUUUCAAUUUACAACUUAGCUAAUAAUAACGGAGUGUGUUUCAUGUGA